UGGCCAUAGCCAGCACGUGAAAUGUGGUUAUCCAAAUUCAGAGGAGCUGUAAGUGUAACGUGCAUUCCAGAUUUCAAAGGCUUAGCAUGAAAAAAGUCCAUAUUCAUUCAUUUGUUUAUACUGAUUACACCUUGAAUUUUUGUGUUUUUGAUGAGUUAAGCCAAAUACAUAAAAAUUUCACCUGUUUUUUUUUUUCUUUUAACCAUGGCUGGAAAAUUUUUAAUUGCACACGUGGCUCUGAUCUUAUUUCUUUUGGGCAGCACUGGGUUAGUCCUUGUGUGUGCUGAGCUAAAGUCUACCUGCUGUUACAGGGAUCUGCUUUUUUCUCCAGGAUUUGGUUCAAAGUCAAGGCAUUAGUGAAAAGAGCUUAUUGUCAGAUUUCCCUUGGCUGUUCCUUGAAUCACCCAAUAAGGUGCAGUGUAGAUGGUGGGUUUUUUUAAUAACUGGGUCCAGGAACGUGUGUGCACAUAAGCGCCUAAUGUUUACACCGGUAGUCAGGAUACAAGAACAUGCUGGUUGGGCAGAAUGCCUGUGCUGUUUCAGCCAUGCCUCGCCUCUCCCCCUCGUGGGCCUAGAGUAACUCACAUAAAGACUUGUGGGCUAGCUGCCCACAACUCCCGUUAUCGCUGCGGCUCGCCAGCGCCCCAGAAGCUGCCCCUUCUCGGGGCUCAUGAUGGGCAGCAAGAUGGCAUCUGCCAGCAGGGUCGUUCAGGUAGUCAGGCCACAUACCUCACUAAUAAGGUUCCCUGACAAAAGAGAGAAUCCUGAACCCAAUGUAUCAGAAGUUUUGAGAUCAACAGCACUGCCAUCUCCUUCUUCUUCAAUUUCACAGCAUUCUAAGGGAAGUAAAUCACCAUGCUGGCCGAUGCAGCAGGGUCCACCAGACACGGCAGAAGUAAUAAAAACGUUACCUCAGAAAUACAGAAGGAAACUUGUGUCUCAAGAAGAAAUUGAAUUUAUCCAACAUGGAGGUCCAGAAUAAUCACUGACAGUGUGGCUGCUGUUUGUCAUCAGACAAAAGAAUAGUCUUUACAAUAAAGGACUUCCAAAAUGACAAAUGAGAAGUCAUAUAUUAAACAAUUUUAAUAGGUAUUCUGUAAAAAAAAGGAAAUAGAGAAAAUUUAGACGGACACUUGUAUCUCCUAAUUUAUGUAUCUUGGUCAGCUUCUCCACAAGCUUACUUAAUUGUUUAUGUACUUUAUCCUUCUUAAAGUAUACAUUUUGAAAUGUUAAAAAAAAAAAAGACUUGUAGGCUGCA